AGAGCGAGAUGAAGGCAAAAAGGUGAGAUGAGCUGCUUUUCCACCGUUUACAGGCUUUGAUUUGUGUUCGGCGCUGUUGCCAUGGUAACGCUGAAUGACGGCGCAGCGCAGUGGAAGAGAAGCACAUGAAUUCAGAUCUGAGCGUCUCAUUGAAUCGGACACGUAUCCGAUCUAGGACCACAUAUGACAGGGACUCAGUUCCGCCUGUCUCCGGAUUCAGGAAACUCCGUUUCCGCUGACUGCGGAUCGACGAAACGCUCUGGACCAAUAACCGAGCUUCCUUUAGCUCAGUUCAGGCCAGUUUCACCGCGGGACGUCUGCAGGCGCGCGUUUGUUGUCGGCGUCGUUUGGAUUUUCACACUUUUUAUUGAUCACGAAAUCAAACGCUCGUUCAGUCGAGCACACUCAGCUGAUCGAUACUCCGCAAUGGCACCACUCGUGUGAGCUCUCUGUUCGGGCAGCAUACAGGUCAUCCGCAGCAAGCCAAACAACGCCCUCUGGUGGCAAACGAGCAACACAGCAAUCGCUUUUCAUGACGAACAGCAUUUUGAGCUGAAGUCUGUGGGCAGUUGAUGUCGGACUUCGACAGACUUCACACGCGUCACUCAGAGCCGUGGAAUGCGUCACUCAGCAGUUCUUCCUCUUCCGAAAACACAGAAGUAAAAACUCCCUGCCAGCAGCUCUUCCUCCUCACCAGGAGCUCAGCUGCAGGAUCUGUUCCUCAUCGCUCUUCCCGCCUCGGAGCUCCGCUCACUGCGUUCCUCAACAACUGACACCGAAUCUGCUCUGAAUGACGGCUCUGCAGUUUCGCGAUGCUUUCUGGGGGGCAGAUUUUUCUGACCGGUCUGGUUAUGAGGCUGUACUUCAGAGACUGCAAGAUGGCAGACGAAUGUGUAAGGAUGUGGAGGAACUUCUCAGAAUGAGAGCAGUUGCCGAGGAAAAGUUUGGAAAAGAACUGGUGGCAAUUGCUCGGCGGGCAGGAGGGCAAACUGAGAUCAGCACCUUGAGAGCAUCAAUUGAUCGGCUUAAAGCAGAAAUGGAGCACACAGGGAGUCUGCACGUCCAGCUUUCUGGAAUGAUAAAAGAGGAAGUUCAGAAAAUAGAAGCAUUCCGAGAACAUCAGAGAGAACAAAGAAAGAAGUUUGAGGAGAUCAUUGAGAAGGUCCAGAAGCCUAUAGAGGCCUUAUACAAGAGGACCAUGGAGUCUAAGAGGAGUUAUGAGCAAAGAUGUAAAGAGGCAGAUGAAGCAGAGCAAGCAGUGGAGAAAAAAAGCAGCCCUGCCUCUACCCCUCUGAGGCCGACAGAAAAGGUACUGAACAGGGCCCGGUUGUGCAGAGAAGCAGCCAGACUAGCAGAAAAGCAGUAUAUGUGGCAUGUUGAUAAACUGGAAAACACUCGCCAGGACUGGGAAAGCACAUACAGGAGCACAUGUGAGGUGUUUCAGCAGCAGGAGUCAGACCGCAUUGGUAUCUUGCGUUGUGUGUUGUGGGAUCAUUGUAAUCAGCUGUCCAUGCAAUGUGUAAAAGAUGAUGAGUGCUAUGAAGAAGUGAGGAAGAUUCUGGAAGAGUGUGACAUUGCCAUGGAUAACAACCAUUUCAUUCAGACAAGAAGGACAGGCUCCAGCCCACCUAAAUCUGUGGAGUUCCAGAAUUACUAUAACGCAGACACCAAUGGAAAUGCAGAUGGCACUACUGCACAAAGGUUUCCUUGUAUACAGCAGGAAACCCCUGUUGUUAGCUUGUCUUUUUCAGUGGCUCCAUCUUGUGGAGUUGGUGAGCAUAUAAGUGGAGAUGAUGUCUCUACUCCGGAGAGCAGAGUGGCUGAUGAGGAGCACUACAAAGUUUUGUAUGAUUACAAAGCACAGGAUCCAGAUGAGCUUUCUAUCACUCGGGGAGAGGUUUUGCUGAUAACUGAUCAAGGAGAGGAUGGGUGGUGGACGGCUCGAAGGGGUGAUUUGAUUGGGCUCGUACCUGGAACAUACUUGAUAAAACUCUGAUUCAGAGUGACCAUUCAUGACAUUGUCUGCCCCCUCAUCUCAUUCUUACAGUGUGAACCCUACCUUGCCACGCGUUAACCAUCACAUAUCAGUCACUGAAACCUACUUAAAGAACAUUAGUUUGUAUGGUAGCACUGCUGUGCAAUUUGCUGUUCUUCAUGAUACACGCAAGUCAUUUGGAGCCCAUGUAAACAGAUCACUAUGAUUCCAUCAUGUUUUUUUCUUUGUUUCUAAUAAUUUGGUGAAGUUAUAAUUGAUUAAAAACUUACGGUUCUGAAAAAAAGCA